AUGCUACGACAGAUAGUUCCUCGAGCUGGGAGGGCUUUCAGAGCACCCGCUGCUCGCCAAUUGCUUCCCUUGGUCUCGGGACAAGCAGCAAGAUGCUACAGCAUCCAACCUAAAGCAGCCUCGGACUCUAAGCCCGUCGGCCUCGACCCGUCAAAGCUCACCAUCACCAAGACGGACUCGCCCAGAACCCCUAGCGACCCUAAAACACUCGUGUUUGGCCGAUCUUUCACAGAACACAUGCUCACCAUUGAAUGGACACAACAAGACGGCUGGCUCGAGCCCAAGAUCACACCUUACCAGAACCUGUCGCUCGACCCGGCAACCUGCGUGUUCCACUACGCCUUCGAGUGCUUCGAGGGCAUGAAGGCGUACAAGGACAAAUCGGGCAACGUGCGUCUGUUCCGGCCGGAAAAGAACAUGGAGCGGUUCAACAAGUCGUCGGCGCGCAUUGCCCUGCCGACCUUUGAGCCCACGGCCCUCAUCGACCUGAUCGCCAAGUUCGUCAAGCUCGAGGAGAAGUUCAUCCCCAACGAGCGCGGCUACUCCCUCUACCUGCGCCCGACCAUGAUCGGCACCCAGAAGACCCUCGGCGUCGGCCCUCCCGGCAGCGCCCUGCUCUACGUCAUCGCCAGCCCCGUCGGCCCUUACUACCCCACGGGCUUCAAGGCCGUCUCGCUCGAGGCCACCGACUAUGCCGUGCGCGCCUGGCCCGGCGGUGUGGGCGACAAGAAGCUCGGCGCCAACUACGCGCCUUGCAUUGUGCCCCAGCUCGAGGCCGCCAGCCGUGGGUUCCAGCAGAACCUGUGGCUGUUUGGUGAGGAGGAGUACGUUACCGAGGUCGGCACCAUGAACAUGUUUGUCGCGCUCAAGAACAAGGAGACGGGCCAGAAGGAGCUCAUCACCGCGCCUCUGGACGGCACCAUCCUCGAGGGCAUCACGCGCGACUCGAUAUUGUCGCUCGCCAGGGAGAAGCUCGCCCCUGAGGGCUGGGCCGUUGUCGAGCGCAAGUACACCAUGAAGGAGCUCGCCGAGGCGUCUGAGGAGGGAAGGCUGAUGGAGGCCUUCGGCGCCGGUACCGCCGCCAUCGUGAGCCCCGUCAGGAAGAUCAGCUGGAAGGGCAACCUCGUGGACUGUGGUCUGAGCGACUUGGAGGAGUCAGGUGAGAUCGCGCUGAGGAUGAAGGGCUGGAUGGAGGCUAUCCAGUACGGCGACGAGCCGGACAACGCCUGGAGCUACCCUUGCUAG